AUGGCCGAAUCACCCAGCACGCCUCUAUUAGACAGGCCGGAACACCAGAGACAUUGUUGGCGCAGUGGGGAUCUCGUCGCUCGCGGAUUCAGACGUCUCCAGGAUAAAUAUCACCCCAAGACGGCUGAGGUGCCGGACGAAACAUACCUUGAACGCACCCUCGCUGCGCUCUCUAUUGACACCGCUGGCCUGCAGGGAUGCCUCGCGAAUCAGCUGCCGUCCAUCGUUCUGCCUUUCCUGCAAGGCCUCCUUGCCUCUCUCUCGCAAGCACUAGAUCUCCCCGGCUUGCUCGAGGACCCAGAACCAAAGCUGCGGACUGUCUUGCAGAUCCAAGCGGGCCUCGAACACUGUCUGGAUCAAACCAUCCGGCAAGUUUCGUGCAUAUGUCCGGAAUCGGCAUACCUCCUGCUUCGGGCCGAUGACCAUGAUCUCAAAGGGCUGAAGUCGUUCAGACUCCAGCGGCUGAAGAUCUACUUCCCCAGACAGCUCUCCCUGCGCUUCUGUCACAUCUUCCAGACGGCCCAGGAGCUCGUCCAGCAGAUGGAGCUCUCGUCGGCGCCGCCUAACCUCGGCUGGCCGAUCGGCUAUCUGCGCGAAUGUCUGGACUUCUUCGUCGGCCAAGCCUCGGAAACGGUCCAGGGGAUGGCCGACUGUUUGCAGGCCUCCGAGCUCGUCAUCGUCCAAGAUGUGUGGGCCGCUUGGAGACCGGACAUCGAGCGCUCCCUGCAGACGGUCGCCGAGAAGCUCAGGCCGUCCGCCGCCACAUCCGCGCGCACCGCCCCGCCGCGGCUUCCCGACCCCCUCCUCGCCGACCCAGCCCUCCAGCUGGCAACAUCCACCGUCCCGAUCGUCAAGCUGUCCAAGCUCUUCUUCGCCAAGUUGUCCAAGCGCGGCUUGGCCCGGGAGCCGCUGCCCCAUUUCGCCCAGAUCUGCUCCCAACAAAUCGCCUCUCUGGCCGACUCCGCCGAACACGUGGCCCGCGAUCUCAGGCGGCUCGUGGACCAUCUCGACGUCGCCAACUGGCAUGCCGCGGAUGCAACUAUCCUCAGAUUCACUGAACUCGCUCGCUCGCUCAAAGCUUGUUUUGAGCCCCCUUUGUUGCUUGUGCUUCUGUACUUUAUUCCAUUGAUCCCAGACACGGAUGGGCUCGAUGUUCGAGCUUCUUAUAAUAGCUGGUUCGUCACUUGGAACAACCAGAUGGGUCUAGCAAUCCACAACUUGAUACUUGUUGCCCACGCAUGCGAACUUGAGCGCAUGCCUUGA